UUCACGCACAGUAUUUUCUCCCUGCUUCUACUCCUCACUUUGCAGGGACAUUUUGAUGACACUCCAGUUUCCUGAACCCCAAGGCUUUUUCUCAGUGCACGUAGUUAUCGUUUCCUGCCAAGAAUUAAAGUCUCUUAUACGAUCUAUGGGCAAAACAGCUAAAUUCACUUGUGGGGUUGAUGGCAUUUAUGUCAUACAUCAAGGUCUUCACUGGUACCAUCAAGACAGCAGCAAGGCUAUUAAAUGGCUACUGUUCUACAAGCCUGGAACGACUGAAGCUGUAAAUGAAUAUAAAACAAGGAUAUCCCUGGAAAUUUCCACAGAAAGUUCUUGCACCUUGAGUAUUACCAAUAUUAAGCCUACGGAUGAUGGCACCUAUUUCUGUGCAGCCUGGCAGAACACCACUGUCUUUUUUUUGCUAAGAAAAUCAUCACUGUGUAAGGACGCCAACAUGAAGAAAUUUGGAACAGGCACAAAACUUUUGGUGAUUGAUCAGAAGGCAAGAAAACCAGAUGUGACUAUCUUAGGCACAUCUAAGGAAAUUGUGAAGGACACAGGAUCUGCAAUUUUACUAUGCAGCCUUCAGAAUUUCUUCCCUGAUGUAAUUAAUGUUGUGUGGAGAGCAGAUGGAGGCAUUGAGGUGCUGGAAUCCGAACAAGGUGAAAUUAUUAAGAAUGCAUCCAGUGACUUGUCCUCAUUGUACAGCUGGAUUACAAUAAAAAAACCUGGCAUAGGUAAAAUAUAUAAAUGCAAGUAUCAACACGAGGGAAAUCAAAGAACAUGGGAAGAAGUAGAGUAUGAUACAGCUAUUUUUAAAGAUACAGAGCCGGACAAGACAAAAAAUGGUAAUUGUACUAAUUCCGCAGGUGGUGUCCAUAUCAGGCAUACGAUCAUUCGAGCUGCACAGCUUACUUACACAUUAUUACUCUUAAAAUGCCUCAUGUAUUGUCCAUUCUUGCUUGUCUGUAAAUGCAAAUUCUUAAACUGAAUUUAUUUUUUCCAAAACACAUAUAUUAUGUUUUUGCACCUAAAAAAAAAAAAGCUUUCAGUGAGUGCUUUAGAAUUAUACUGUACUAUCAUAUGUCUAUAUAGCUUGAUGCUUAUGAAAUAAGUGUUUCUUAAUAAAAGCUUG